CCUUAAACCCUGUUUAACCCCCUUAUCCGUUACAUUCCCUCCCUCUGGCAAGAUCCCCACUUCAGUACUUCACUAAAAAUGGUGACGACGAAGCUUCUCCAUCUGAAACCAAACUAUCUUCUUCCUUUGACAAUCUUCUCUCCCAAACUCUCCUCUUUCUCUCUUCCAAAACGACCAAUUCUUUCCCUCUUCUGGUCCACACAAGCUGAAACCAAAAGCCAAACUUUCUCUUACGGCCCCUCUCUUAACAAAGGCAAAAUCCCACCCAAGACCCCUUUUCAGACCCAAAAGCAAGAUGCCCAUCAACCAGAAGAAGAAGAAAACCUCAUCGAUGAAGAGAACUUUACUAGAAUUUUCCAUCUUGCCGCCCUCCGCGUCCCUUCAAAUGACUGUUUUGCCCUUGAGAACCGUCUCAGGGGUCACCUCCUGAAUUGGCCAAGGAUUAAGAACAUUGCCAGGGUUCCCGGGGACGAAAUCGAAGAAGAAAUUAUGACCCUUUUCGAUAAAGGAAAAGAUGGUGAAGAGAACGAUGGGGGAAGUGAUGGAGAGUUUGAGUCUUUGGUUUUGUAUAGGGAGAAAUUGGUGAAGGAGUUUAAUUACAUGGGGUUUGUAAAGUUUAAAAAUUUGGCUAAGAUUUCGCGGCCAGGGAAGAGGAAAAGGAAAGAAAAGAAAGGGGAUGAGGAAAGCAAAGGAAAUGGGAGGAAAGAGUUUUGUGUGGUGGAAGUUGUGGAGGAGGAAGGAGGAGAUGAGGAGGAAAUGAAAGGGUUAUUAGGAGAGGAAUUUAAAGGGCAGAGAAUAUGGAAAGGUUCAACAAGAUUGUUGCUUUUGGAUGAGAGGUAUGGGGAUAAAGGAUCGGAGGAGUUGCCUCAAGCAAUUAAGGCUGUGUUGGCUGAAGAAACCAAAGAGAAUAGAUCAUCAACUAUAGAGCUUGUGAGAUGCAAGCUGACUUUGUUCUAUGAUUAUUGGCAGAUGACUGAGAUAUUGGAGGCCUUGUUACCGGAAGGAAUGAUUAUCCCUUCAGCCUUUGAGACAGUUGGUCAUAUUGCACACUUGAACCUGAGAGAUGAACAUCUACCAUACAAGAAUGUUAUAGCAAAGGUGGUUCUGGACAAAAACAGGCCAAAGAUACAAACAGUUGUAAAUAAGAUUGAUGCAAUUCAUAAUGACUACAGAACAAUGCAGCUUGAGGUUUUAGCUGGGAAUUGCUCCUUGGUCACUACAGUAGUUGAGAAUGGACUGCGAUUUCAUGUUGAUUUGGCAACAGUGUAUUGGAAUUCGAGGCUUGCAACUGAGAGACAGAGGCUUCUGAGUGGCUUCAAUCACAAGGAUGUCAUCUGUGAUGUAUUCUCUGGGGUUGGCCCAAUUGCUAUAUCUGCCGCUAAGAUAGUAAAACGUGUCUAUGCUAAUGAUUUGAACCCUUUUGCGGUUGAGUAUCUUGAAAGAAAUGGUGUCCUCAACAAAGUUGAGAGGAAGAUUAAGGUUUUUAACAUGGAUGGAAGAAGGUUCAUCAAUGCUAUGUUUUCUAGUGAGAAAGCUCAUUCUAUUACACACGUAGUUCUGAAUUUGCCAAAAGAUGCAGCAGAAUUUCUAGUUGCAUUCAGGGGAGUGUACAGAGAUCAACCUAGCGAUAAAGAGUUCAGCUUCCCAAUGAUUCACGUUUAUGGAUUUUCGAAAGCUCGAGAUCCUGAGUUUGACUUUCAUGAGCGGAUACGAAUUGCCUUGCAAGAGGUUGCAGUUAAUGUGGAUAUGCGUAGGGUACGCCUUGUUGCACCCGGAAAAUGGAUGUUGUGUGCGUCAUUUAUCCUUCCUGAGAGCGUAGCCUUUGCAGAAUGUAGGUUAAAUAUGUAGAUAGAUCAAUUUGUAAAGCAGAGAAUGUCAUAACAUCAAGUUUUGUAUUAUAAUAUCUUAUUCAUUCACUUCCAAUAAUUCUAUUCCCUUACAUUC